AAUUGAAGUAACUUCUUUUACCGAGAAAAUUUCCCUACUAGCGCUAUGCAGAUCUGAUUUUGGAAGGUCGUCAGAUCGCACGUGCUAAAGGCACUUGCACGGCAUCCAGCGCGUGGCGUGUACUACCUACCAGCAACGAUGGUCAAGGAUGAUGUGAAUUCCGAGAACAAUCCACUACUGACUCCCUGGAAAGCGGGACGCUUCGAGCUGUCGAACAGGGUGGUGCUUGCACCGCUGACAAGGUGCAGAGCGCUUGGGACUGUGCCGCAGCCGGCUGCGGUGGAGUACUACUCUCAGCGUGCGACCAAGGGCGGCCUCAUGAUCAGUGAGGCCACAGUGAUCUCUCCUGAGGGCCAUGGGUACCCUGAGACACCAGGAAUCUACACCCAGGAGCAGAUCGAGGCGUGGAAGCCCAUUGUUAACGCUGUGCACGCCAAGGGCGCAACAUUCAUCCUGCAGCUGUGGCAUGUCGGCCGCGCCUCACACUCAGAUUACCAGCCGAACGGGCAGGUGCCUGUGUCUUCAUCUGCUGUGGCCCCCUCGGGCCAGGUGUACACCCCCGAGGGGCUCAAAGAUUACGAGGUGCCACACGCGCUGACCGAGUCUGAAAUUGCUCAAGUCAUCGAGCAGUACAGGCAGGGGGCAGCAAACGCAAUCGAGGCCGGGUUUGACGGCGUUGAGGUGCACGGAGCCAACGGCUACCUCAUUGAUCAGUUCCUCAAGUCGAGCGUGAACAAGCGCACGGACAAGUACGGCGGCCCCAUCGAGAACCGCGUGCGCUUUGCCUUGGAGGUGACUAAGGCGGUGGUUGAUGAGGUGGGCGCUGACAGAGUGGGCAUCCGCGUGUCUCCCUUCGGCGGCUUCCUGGAUGCGGAGGACCCCCACCCGUACGCACUUCACACUUAUCUUCUCGAGGAACUGAACAAGAUGGGCAUUGCCUACGCCCACUUCAUUGAGCCACGCGCCAGCCAUUCCAUGGGUGUAGGCUCCCCCAACGCAGAAUUCAACUUCCAGUGCCUCGACCAGAACCUGGAUGUGUUCCGCCGCGCCUUCCACGGUGCAUUUAUUGCUGCGGGAGGCCACACGCGCGCAUCUGGCAUCGCGGCAAUCGAGAGCAACCAUGCGGACGCGAUUGCGUACGGCCGCCCCUACUUGGCCAACCCCGACCUUCUCAAGCGCUUCGAGCUGGACGCCCCUCUCAACAAAUAUGACAGGGAUACCUUCUACACACAGGACCAGGUUGUUGGCUACACGGAUUACCCAUUCCUGUCAGAGGCACAGAAUGGGAGCGCUUGAAUUUUGAGCAGCUCGCUUGCCAGUCAGCGGAGAACGCCGCAGCUAGAGAACAAUUCUGUUGUAUCUAAUGCCUUUGCCGCUGACCUGCCUUGCUGCUGAUCCUUGCCAAGGAAAUGUUGUGGUGCACCUUCCCAUUUGAUAGCUCAACCGAGCUGGUGUGCUUCUCCAUGCAGCCCAGACAUCGUCAUGGUGUGUGUAACUGUCUGGCAUGAUCGCUUGCCACUUCACCUGCUAUCAGGUAUCAUAGAUGUUCUAAUUAUGCCAUGGUAAUUUUGUCCUGUACAGUCCUGUACAGGACAAGAUUAUGCACAUGUAGCAGUGCAAAGUACAUAGUACCUGUGGACCAUAUGGGUGGGAACUCGACUGUAUGCCUGUCUAGACGAAUAUUUGUGAAUUGUACUCCACUUAUGACGUGAUGUAAGGCAUUGUUUUAGAGUUUUCAGCGUGUGGUAGACGGCCGACCAUUAUGGCCAGUGUAAGAUUGUGUCUACUAGACACUGUCUAGGUUGUGAGAUUUAUAAAUUUACAUCUGAUCUUCUCAAGCUGUA